GCCACCCCGCCCCGUGUUCCCCCAAAAAUCACUCCUUUUUUUUUGUUCUGGCCUCCUCCGCUGCCCGAAGAGGAAGACCAGGCCGUAGUCGAUCUUCCUCGCCGCCGUGUAGUCCUGCCCUGCCUGUUGCAGCCAGCGUGUAGAUCGAGCGAGAGGCUACCAGCUCGAUGAGUUUCCGGCGGUUCCUGUACCUUGUGGCGGACGAUUACGUCGACCGCAGCUACUCCCUGCGCCGCAUCGACAUGUCGCGCUUGUUCUUCCGUCCAUCGACGGUGGGGGACCAGCCUUCACCAACGCCGCUCGACAGCAGCGGCGGAGCAGGAGCUGCUGAUCCGUCGGCGACAGAGGAUGGUGGUCGCCUGCCAGACCCCACCAUGAUUUUGAGCACUCCAGACAUGAUGCAUGCGCGCGGUAGCAUUCACUUCAUGCCCUUCAAGAACAAGGGCAGCGGGGAGCACUGCAAGGUGUUCACCAUGGACCACACGGGCCGCGCCCUCAUGUGCGACCCUGGCCUGCCCCCCGCCUUCCGCCACCUGCCCAGCCUGGCCAGUGGCAAGGCCGCACCCUUCUCUCUCACCGUCGGCGACAGCCUCUACAUCAUGGACGCGUUCCCCAAGCCGCCCGGCCCCAAGCGGCACAGCUUCGAGGUUCUCACCUACGAUGAAAAAUGCAACUUCAAGGAAUCGUACUGGCACACUCUCCACCCGCCUCCCUAUGUGUACGAUCUCCGCGACUCUUCCCAGUAUGUCGAGUCCUACGCGCUGGUCGCCGGCUCAAACAUGGUCAUAUCCAACAAGGCCGUUGCAGAAACCUACUGCUUCGACACAGUGAAGAGCACGUGGAGAAAAGCCGGCGACUGGGCGUUGCCGUUCACCCGCCUCGCUGAGUACGACCCCGAUCACAAGCUCUGGUUUGGGAUCUCGUCUUAUGACGACGGCUACCGCUUCUGCGGGGCCAACCUGAUCGACGCCUCGGGAGAGAUGAGGCCUCCCGUGGUGCACGGCUUCUGGAAGGAGUACGUCGAGCCUCCGCCGGAGUGGAGCCUUGCAUGGUCCUACGCUGUGCCCCUGGGCUCCUCCAAGUUCUGCAUCAUCAGGUUGUUUGAGGUUGUUACCAUCCACGUCUGCUCCAAGUCUAGGACGGAUGAGCUCCAAGCGGUGCUCACCGGCGUGGAGGUGCAGAGUUGCGGCGAAGAGCUCCGUGUGGUCAAGCACAAGUCCGAACGUUACAAGCUCGACAUCACAGUCGACUACCGGGUACUCUAAUAAGUCAUCAUCAACUGUACGUCUGCUAUGAUAAUGAUUUGGACACGUGUCGCUCCGGGCGGGAUGGGUGGUGGAAAAUGGGUUUUAGAUGCAAACUUUGUGAUUUUGUGCCGAGGUGUGGCCGGGGACACAUAGACAAAGAGAAGCUCGGCGGUGACACCUCACGGGAGGUCCGCCCCCACCGCACAGGCCGAGGCCACUCGCCCACGGGGCGCGCACCGGCACGGAUUCUCUGAUACGUUAUGUGGCCCACGCGUCAGUGAGCGUAACGUACGUCAGAGAAUCCGCCGGGGACGUGCACGAACCCACCUCCCUUUUGGUUGAUAUGCUUCCUAAUCACUUCCCUCGUCAAACAAAUCAACUCGCCUCCUUCCAUGGCGCGCUUUCACUCUUGCUCUAUACAGAUCCAGAGCUAGAUAUCUGUCAUGAUCAUGAUGUAGUUAAUUUUCACAGGCUAUUAUUGUUAAUAUCAGCGAAGAAAUUA